AUGCGAAAUGGCCUCGCCUCGGUGGCCUGGCUCGCCGAGCGCCUCGGCCAGGCGAAUCUGCGCGUCGUCGACGCGACCUGGUUCCUGCCGAGCUCGCCCUUCGCGUCGCCCGUGGCCGCGCGCACGGCGCACGCGGCGGCGCGCGUGCCGGGCAGCACGUUCUGGGACCUCGACGAGGUAUCCGACGCGGCGGCGGCGCCGUCGACGCCGCACAACCUGCCCACGCCCGCGCAGUUCGCCGCCGAAGCGCGGCGGCACGGCAUCGCGCCCGACACGCGGGUGGUGUGCUACGACCAGCUCGGCGUCUUCUCGGCGCCGCGCCUCUGGCACACGCUGCGGGCGUUUGGGGUAGAGGCGGCCGUGCUCGACGGGGGGCUGCCGGCCUGGGCGGCGGCGGGCCACGCGGUUGAAAGGGCGGAGCCCGCCGUCGAACCGGCCGCCGCGCCGGCGGCGGACUUCGCCUACUCCGGUGAACUCCAGUGGCGCCUCGGCGACGUGGAAGCGUGGCUCGCGUCCGAUCGGACGGUCCAGCUCGUCGACGCGCGGCCGGCGGGCCGCUUCCGGGGCACGGCGCCGGAGCCGCGCGCGGGCUGCCGGCCGGGCCACGCGCCGGGCGCGCGCUCGGUCCCCUUCCUCGACCUGCUGGACCCGGCCCCGCGGCCGGCGCCGGGCCCGGGCGGCCCCUUCCGCGGCGCGACGCUCAAGCCCGUCGACGGCCUCCGCGCCGCCUUCGCGGCCGCGGGCGUCGCCGUCGACGCGCCGGCCGCGGCGACGUGCGGCUCGGGCCUGACGGCGGCCGUCCUCGCGCUGGCGCUGCACCGCUGCGGCGCGGCGGCCGUGCCGAUCUACGACGGCGCCUGGUGCGAGUACGAGGCGUCCGGCCUGCCGGUCGUCGUAGAUGCGGAGUAA